UCCGCACUCCUCUCACGCACACUGACCAUCGGAAAACAGGGAAUGGCUGCACUCGAUCUUACUUUCGGUUUGCUGUUCGUUGCCUUUACAAUAGCAACAUGCCUUUACGGUGUCACAAUACUUCAGUGCUACACUUAUUUCCGAACGUAUAAUGACAACCUCCUUCUAAAAUACUCGGUUGUCCUAGUAUUGCUCCUUGAUACCGCGGGAACAGCUUGCAGCGCUCAGGGUCUGUAUUCAUACCUCAUUACGAAUUAUGGAAAUCCAUUGGCUCUUGCAGACAUAAACAUUGGACUUUGUGUGGAAAGCAUGAUCACUGUCAUAAUAACGUUUGUUGUCCAAUGCUUCUUCGCCAAUAGCGUAUGGAGUGUAACUGAUCACAACGUGUUGGUUACGGGGUUCAUCGCUUUUACCUCAUUCGCUGCUUUGGUCAUUGGUCUAGCGAUGUCGACAGAAGAUAUAAUACGAGCGUCAUUUGCCUCUCUGUCUGAGAGUCGAUUCAAGAUUUUAGCGGGUCUCGACCUUGGGAUUGCCGCUCUUUGCGAUAUCGCGAUCACUGCAACUCUUUGUUACCAUUUCCAUUACAGGAAGAACGGCUUCAGGUCGACCGACACACUUCUCGAUAAGCUGUCUAUUUACACACUGAAUAGAGGUAUCCUGACAUUUAUUGUGCAAACGUUGAACAUGGUCUUGUUCAUCACUUCUACCACCAUGGCGUGGACGCUGUUCCAUCUGUGCCUAAGCAAAGUUUACAUGAUAUCAUUUUUGGCAACUCUCAACAGGAGAGAAAGCCUGAAAAGGGCCGAUCACCCGAGCCUUGAGCUCAGUGGUAACUUCCAAGCGAGACUUCAUGACUCAGUUAAUGGCAGUCAUACCCUUGGGGGAUCCGAUAUGAACUUCAAGACAGUAACUAUGAAGAGCAGCAUGACGGACGAGUGUUGAGAUCUAUUUCGACGAAGAGAGGGCAUCCUUGGAUUGCGGUAGCAGUCAGGCUAAGAUGAAUUGCUUGGUUUUUGCCAUUUAUUUUUGCAUGUAUAACAUCCGAUUUAUCCCCUUUUCCAAUACUAUAUAUCCACUCCUUUUAAUUUG